AUGACUGAUUAUGCUGUUAACAAAGUUUCGGAGCUAAUCAAGGGAGAGCCGACGUUGGAGCUGCUCGCGGAGGUAAAGAAUGUGUUAAUUAAAGAGAAGUCGACGGUUGAUUACCAACUAGACAAACAAUCAAAGAAGCAAUUCAGUACUAUCCUAUCGGGUAUUGAUGAUAUAAAGCAGGCACAGCUUAAUGUGAAGUCGCUUAAAAAUAACUUGAAGGAAGUGAGGCAAUUGAGCAAAGAAAACAAAUCGUCAAUCAAGCAUUAUGAGAUAAUUAAUAGUGUAACGACGAUCCACGAAUUGAUUGAAAAAACGACAUUAUUUUAUGAAAAGAUUUUGCAUUUCAACAAGCUCCUAGAGAACAUUGAGCAGUUGCUAAUGGAAGAGACAGGGAGGGACAUCCUCGAAACAGGAGUUCCCGGGCUCCUUCAAUUGCAUAUCACCCUGACAAUGGCGUGCGAUUUUCAAGAUCAAUCGCAGGUUCUGGCAAGGAUCUCUAGCGACGAUGUUCAAAGAACGAUGCAAAGAGUUUUCACCCGGCUUCCAGACCUUGUUGAGAAAUUUCGAGGACUGUUUAAGGAUAUCAUUUAUGAUCUCGUUGAAGCGGUCCGAACCGAAAAUAAAUCACUCCUUAUUCGACUCUUUAAGAUUGUAGAAAAAGAAGAAAGGGAAGACAUGAAAAUAAUGGCCAUACGAAACAUCAUAGCUACCAAAGAACGAGAGUUAGAGGCCAAAAGAAUGAAAAAGCUCCCCAACAAUUAUGAAAAUAUGGACAGUAGUCUGGGGGGCAAAAAUGAAGAAUACCCUACAUCAGCAGCGCUGGCGCAAGAAAUUAUGGUUGGAACGAUUCAAACAAGAGUCAAUGAGCGUGGUUUUAGGGACCUUUUUUUCAGUACCAUCGAUAGAUCGAUUUCUGAGAUGUUUGUUGAAGUCAGAAAGACUUAUGAUGGUGAAAAGAAGUUUGAAGUACUCAACAAUCUUGACUGGGUGAUAAAUGAGCUACUUAUAGUAAAAAGUCAUCUGUGCGAACUUUGUCCAGAGAAUUGGAAACUUUUUGAUGUGUUUUUCGACGCCUAUUAUAGAGAAUUACACAACCUCAUUACAGGCCUGGUGAAUGCUGAGCCCGAGACAUUAGUAAUUUUAGACAUUUUGGAUUAUGAUAAGACUUUCCAGGCCAAUCUCAGAAAGGAAUUCGGUUUCAAAAAAGAGGAUCUUAAAAGCGUCAUUGGGGAUAAACAAAAGGAAAAGCUUUUUGAAGACUAUCUGAACUUGAUUGUUUCGAAAAUGAAGGAAUGGAUUACGAAUCUGGUGGAUUCCGAAAUGACAAUAUUUGUCGAAAGAACGACUCCUCCUCAUGUGGAUUCCGAGGGCCUCCUCUUUUUGGACGGAACGAAGACCUGUUUCCAGAUGUUUUCACAGCAGGUUGAGGUGGCCGCUGGCUCCGGCCAGGCCAAAAUUUUGGUUGGCGUUAUCGACAGCUUUUGUAAAAUUUUGGGUGAUAGACAAGAGAAAUGGAAGGGGGCCAUAGCGUCUGAGGUCAGCAAAUCGGUUUCCUACAAUCAAAGAAUUGAAAAAGAUCCAGAACUGGUGGGAGGAAUAGACGCGCCGGCUGGUGGUUUGGUUGAAUAUCUGAUAGCAGUAGCAAAUGAUCAAAUGCGUGCUGCGGAUUACGCAGUGGCUCUGUCACAGAGAUCGGGUGCUAUGGUUUCAAAAGUUCAUGAAAAGACUAUCUCCAAUAGCAUUGAGCAUACUCUUGAUGGUUUUGCAGAUGUUGCAAAAUCGGGCACGUCCGGCCUGAUAUCUCUUAUGUUUGACGAUUUGCGUACACCUUUCUCCCAAAUAUUUGGCAAAAGUUGGUACUCCGGAAAUCAGGCACAACAAAUUGCCGAUACCCUUUUCGAGUACCUUGGGGACAUAAGAGAACAAAUGAACCCCUUCGUUUAUUCCACGCUAGUGGAAAACGUGGUUGAAGAAACUAUAUUAACGUUCUUGGAGUGCUUAAAGUACGAGCACUCUUUCAAAAAUAAAAACAACAAGUUUUUGGAUUGCAUGAAGCGCGAUUUUGAAGUGUUUUACAAGCUGUUUGCGCAAUUCGUACCAGAGGAAGAACAUGGCAUUAUCGAUGAGAAAUUCAAACUGAUGGAGUUUUUCAUGGACUUCAGCUGCGGGCCUAGCGACUCAAUUUUAGAGACCUGGACACAGUUCUUGGAGUUUUAUUGGGACUGUCCAGUAUCAUUUUUGUCGGCGGUUUUGAAAUGUCGUAAGGAUAUCGACUCUUCGGCACUACGCUCUAUUUCAAGCACUGCCCAAAGAAUUCUCGCCGCACCGCAGAGGUUGUCGCAGAUCCGUAGCGAGGACCGCCUUCCAACUUACAUUAGCCGCUUCAAGGCAUUUUAG